CGCGUUUGGUAUACAAAACCGGUCUUGCGGCAUGCACCGUGCACGUUGAAGACAAUAUCGAUCAGUCAGUAAUCAGUGAGUAGUAGACUAGCCAAACGACUACACGUCAGUGUGUUACAUUAUGCAUUAUUGUCAGUGAAUUAAACAUGAAUGCAUUAGCUUUUCAUUUGAUUGCCGCGUGGCUGGCCUUUGCCUGGCACGGGACGCCGGAAGUGCGAGCGUCCAACAUUUUGGCGUUUUUGCCGACCGAAACCCACAGUCAUUUCAACGGUUUCAAACCGUUGCUCAGGGAGUUGGUGAAAAGGGGCCACAACCUAACGCUAGUUUCGCCGUUUUCACUGGGCAAUGACUUGUUGUAUACGCACAUCGAGGUGGAAAAACAUUAUCUCGAAAAAAAAAUAAACCACAUGGACAGGUCAAGAUUACUUAACAAGCUUCCGGUGGUCGUUUACGUGCUGUGGUUAGGCCCAAAGAUAACCAAAAUAGCAUUGGAUAGAAACGCGGUAAAGAACUUCAUUCGGAACGAUGGAUCGUCUUUCGAUUUGGUGUUGUUCGAGAAUUUUUUUACCGAAAGCUGCGUCACGAUUGGCCACAAGUAUGGAGCUCCGGUCGUCCAACUGUUGCCGUUCAACACCAAUCCUAGAGUUUCCCAAUGGCACGGCAAUCCCUACAAUCCCGCUUACAUACCCGAGUUCACCAGCAACUUUCCUACCGGCAUGUCUUUCGUCCAGAGGCUGGGCAACACCGCAUUAGCUUUCUUCAGCACUUGUAUGUACCGACUGGUGAGCAUACCACAACAUCGGGCCAUAAUGGACUCGUAUUUUGACUAUCCAGGACACGAAGGCCGACCCGAUCUGACUGACAUGCUUCGCAAUGUAUCCUUGACCGUGUACAUGAGUAAUCCGGUACUUGGUACAGUGUCGCCGACGGUUCCCAAUUUCAUUCCAAUGGCGGGCACGCACACCACCCCGGCCAAACAAUUGCCACAAGAUUUAAAGGAAAUCGUGGAUGGUGCUAAGAAUGGCGUAGUAUUUUUCAGUAUGGGAUCCGUUAUUCAAGCAUCGAAAAUGCCAAACGAAACGGUGUCGCUGCUGUUGUCCGAGUUGGGUAAAAUCAAGCAAACGGUGUUGUGGAAAUGGGAAGACGACAGCAUACCUGACUUGCCUAAAAACGUAAUCGUUCGUAAAUGGUUUCCUCAAAACGAUGUACUCGGUCAUCCAAAUUGCCGGCUGUUUAUUACACAUGGCGGCAUACACAGCAUGAUCGAAACUAUUUAUCACGGAGUGCCCGUACUCUGUUUAUCGGUGUUUGGCGACCAGGCUCAAAAUUGCAUUCAAGCCAAGUCUAAAGGCUUUGCCGAGUACAUACCAUUUUUCGAACUCACCAGCAAAGCGUUUGGCGACAAUCUCCGGUCACUUCUCGAUGAUUCACGGUACAAAGUAAACGCUCAAAAAUCGUCUGCCAUACUUAAGGACAACCCAAUAUCGCUUAUGGAUAAUGUUGUUUUUUGGAUUGAGUACGUGAUCCGACACAAGGGUGCCCACCAUCUCAAAACGGCAGCCAACGAUAUUUACUGGUUUCAGUUUUUACUUUUGGACGUAGUAGCGUUUGUUUCGCUAUUAAGUACAGUGUUUGUAUACAUAAGUUUCAAGUGUUUCAGAUGUACGUUUAGGAAAUGUUUGAAAAGAAAAAAUAAUAAAAUCUCGAGCGAAAAGAAAGUGCAAUAAAUAAUUAUGUGUUUUAAACUGUAGGUAUACAUGUUGAGAGUUAAAACUAUAACUUUUAUUCGAGUCUCGAUAGCUCAAAAAACGACGUCAUAGUUGAGUUAAGUUAAUUUCUUUGUUUUAUUCUAUUUCAGAUAUUAUUAUACUAAUUGUUGUUUUGAAUGUUAUAUGGUUGUUUGGUGCAAUGUGCAAUUAUUGUAUGAUAUUUUUCUUAAUUUAUUUUAAAUUAUGCUGUUUUCUAAAACUGAACUCCAAACAUUUAUGAAAGAAAGUUAUACUUAAUUGAUAUGUUAUAAAUAAUUAUGUGAAUAAAUUGUAUACAUAAUAAUUGUAGUAAUAUUUUUUUAAAUUUAAUAUCAUAGAGUAAGUAAAUAGUAUAGAGUCAAUGUGAACGUAAUUGCAACUAAGUGAGACAAGUGCAGCCGAAGAAUUCCACAAUGUUCAAUUUAAAUUAAUUAUUUGAAACUAUGUGAUGAUGCCUAC